AUGGCUUUGGAGGGGGCAGAAAUGCCAACACUUAGGAUGGAAUCAACCAUAUAUCUGAGAUGUUAUUAUUGGGCAGUUCGAACUUUAAUUACCAUUGGAGGUCUCCCAGAGCCACAAACUACAUUUGAAAUUAUUUUCCAACUUUUGAAUUUUUUUUCUGGAGUGUUUGUGUUCUCCAGCUUAAUUGGUCAGAUGAGAGAUGUAAUCGGGGCAGCUACAGCCAAUCAAAACAACUUCCGUGCCAGCAUGGAUAACACCACUGCCUACAUGAACACUUACUCCAUUCCUCAAAUUGUGCAGACUCGAGUUCGGACUUGGUUUGAAUAUACAUGGGACUCUCAAAGAAUGCUAGAUGAGUCUGAUUUGCUUGAGACCCUGCCGGGUACAAUGCAGUUAUCCCUCGCCAUUGAUAUGAACUUCAGCAUCAUCAGCAAAGUAGAAUUGUUCAAGAAUUGUGACAACCAGAUGAUUUAUGACAUGUUGCUAAGAUUGAAAUCCACUAUCUAUUUACCUGGUGACUUUGUCUGCAAAAAGGGAGAAAUUGGUAAAGAAAUGUAUAUCAUUAAGCAUGGAGAAGUCCAAGUCCUUGGAGGGCCUGAUGGUACUAAAGUUCUGGUUACCCUGAAAGCUGGAGCUGUGUUUGGAGAAAUCAGCCUUCUGGCAUCAGGAGGAGGAAACCGUCGAACUGCCAAUGUGGUGGCCCAUGGGUUUGCCAAUCUUCUAACUCUGGACAAAAAGACCCUCCAAGAAAUUCUAGUACAUUAUCCAGAUUCUGAAAAGCUCCUCAUGAAGAAAGCUAGAGUGCUUCUAAAGCAGAAGGGUGCUAACAAAGAAGCAACCCCUCCAAGAAAAGGCCUUGCCUUUCUCUUUCAACCAAAAGAAAAGACACCGAAAAUGUUUAGAGCUCUCCUGGGAGGGACAGGAGAUAUUGGGAGACUGCUCAAACUGAAGAGAGAACAAGCAGCUCAGGUAACAAGGCAGAACCAGUUGAGGGAAGAUAAAGGAAAAGAAAAUGCAGAUAAAGGAAAAGAAAAUGAAGAUAAAGGAAGCGAGCCAGCUGAAAAAACACCAGACAAAUCCAAAUGUAAAGAAAGUUCUAUUGCAGCAGAGGAAAUGCCCCCCUCAGUUGAAAGGGCAGUUUUACCCAGAGGAACUUCUAAUCAAUCACUCAUCAUCAGCAUGGCUCCUUCUGCUGAGGCCGGGGAAGAGGUCCUGACUAUUGAAGUCAAAGAAAAGGCUGAGCAAUAG